AUGGCACCCUUACAAGCGGGGUACUUCCAAUCCCUGCAAUUCCCCUCGGAGUCCUCCGUCCUCAUCCACGACCAAAUCUACGGCGACCACCACAUCACAGAGCCCAUCCUCGUCGAGCUCCUCCGCUCUCCAACCCUCCAGCGUCUAACAGGAGUCUGGCAAAGUGGCAUAACAGCCCUAUUCAACCUCGGGCCGCGAGUCUCGCGCUUCGAGCACUCCGUCGGAGCCUUCCUCCUCGUCCGCAAAGUCGGAGCCAGCGUCGCGGAACAAGUCGCCGCGCUUCUCCACGACGUCAGCCACACAGCCCUCAGCCAUGUCAUGGACUGGGCGCUGUCCAAACCAGACGAAGACAGCUACCACGAGGAGCACAAAGCGCGGUACAUCGCCAUGACACCCCUACCGGAGAUCCUGGCGCGGCACGGCUUCGCGGACCUCAAACCGCUCGAGGAGCAUCUCUACCCGCUUGUUGAGAGGCCCGCGCCGCAUCUCUGUGCCGAUAGGUUGGACUACGCGCUGCGCGACGCCGUCGCCUAUGGGAAGAUGUCGCUAUCGGAGGCGCAGGGUGUCUUUGGUGCCUUCGCUGCCUUUCCGGAUGCGGAUAGCCCUGCUCGGUUGAUGGUGCUGCCUGACGUGUCGCUCGCGCUGCGGUUGGCCAGGGCGUACAUGGAAUGCGACCGCAACGUGUGGUGCAAUCCCUCGCAUAUCGACAUGUACAAACGGACGGGUCAAAUCAUCCGCGAUCUAGUUGAACAGGGGAAGGUCAGUGAUAAUGACUUGUGGUGUCCGGACGACGAGUUCUGGGCGCUGUUGCGCAGUGCGUCAGAUGCGGAUGGGAUAAAGGAGCUCGAGCGGCUGGAGACGGAGGGCGCCCCCAAGGCGAAGGGCCUGGGUCUGCCUCCGGGGGCGAAGGUGCGGACGAUUGAUCCGGAUGUCUACUUGCCGGGACAGGACAAACCGUGUCCGUUGUCUGUGGUUGAUGAUGUUUGGGCACGGGAGAGACAGGAAUAUAUCCAGAAGAUUCAAUAUAGCUUACAUCGUUUUCUUUCCUAUAGACGUUAUUUACGAAGUAUAUUUUAUGAUAUAAGCCUAUCUCCAGAAUACAGAUCACACUUCACAAUGGCAGACCAGGCUUAUACAACCACCGACCUCCAGGGCGCAUUGCCCCUCGUGGCCCGCGGCAAGGUCCGCGAUCUGUACGAGGUCGACGAAAAGACGCUCCUCUUCAUCGCAACGGACCGCAUCUCCGCCUACGAUGUGAUCAUGGAGAAUGGCAUCCCCAACAAAGGCGUCCUCCUCACGCUGUGCACCAAAACAUGGUUCAAGAUCCUCACCGACGCCAUCCCCGGGCUCCGCACGCACUUCCUAACGCUCGACCUCCCCCCGCAAAUCCCCGCGUCGCUGCGCCCCGUCCUCCAGAACCGCAGCAUGCAGGUGCGCAAGCUCAAGAUCCUGCCCAUUGAGGCGAUCGUGCGCGGGUACAUCACCGGUUCCGCAUGGAACGAGUACAAGAAGUCCGGGACUGUCCAUGGGAUUCCGGUUGCGCCGGGGUUGCAGGAGAGUCAGGCGUUCCCUGAUGGGCCGAUUUAUACGCCUAGCACGAAGGCGGAGCAGGGCGAGCAUGAUGAGAAUAUUCAUCCUGAUCAGGCCAUCAAAAUCCUCGGCGAACCCCACGCCUCCACCGUCGCCGCCCUCGCACUCAAACUCUACAAAGCGGCGCACGAAUACGCGCUCACCCGCGGCGUCAUCAUCGCCGACACGAAAUUCGAGUUCGGCCUCGACGAAGCCACCAAUGAGGUCGUGCUGGCCGACGAGGUCCUCACGCCUGACUCGUCGCGCUUCUGGCCGAAGGAUUCGUACGCCGUCGGGCGCGGGCAGCAGAGCUUCGAUAAGCAGUUUUUGCGCGAUUGGUUGGUGAGGGAGGGGUUGAAGGGGAAGGAGGGUGUCAGGAUGAGUGAGGAGAUUGCGUUGAGGACGAGUGAGAAGUAUAAGGAGGCUUGGGAGAGGAUUACGGGGGGUGUUUGA